AUGGCGCCCCGCCGGCGUGGGCUGCUCGUGGCGCUGGCGCUCCUGGGCCUCCUCGGGCCGCCCGCGGCCUUCGUCGCCGCUCCCGGCAGGGCCCGCGCGCCGGCACUGGCGCCGGCCGACGCCCGCUCGGGCACCGCGCCACCAGAGGGUCAGCCCCAGGCGUCGCAUCCCGGGGCAAGUCCGAGCCCGCCGGGCGGGGGGGGCGGAGCCCAGGCCCCGGCCUCCGCGGCGCUGCUCGUGGGCGUGGCCGCGGUGGCCGCGGCGUCCGCGCGGGCCGCGGGCUCCUCCGCCGUGGGGCGCCGCGUUCGGGGCGGGGAGGCCGCCAACGAGGAGAAGGAUACGAACAUCUUCGACGUCAUGGCGGACACGGACAAGUAUAUCGAGAUGGACAGGACUUCCAAGCGCCCGGUGUUCGGGUACCCCGAGUGGAAGAGGCACCGCAAUUCCGACCGUUUUACACGGAACCUCGGCAACUUGUUCAACUCCCAGACCAUCCGCGCGAAUUGGCAGGAGGUCGCGGCAUGCACACUCAUCGCGCUGGCCGUGGUCCUCUGGAACGACGCCCCAGGAGAGUUGGGCUCCAUCCUGCCCAAGGACCGCGUGGUCCUCAGCCUGCCAGCUCUGCCUUUCACAGUCAGCGGGACGUUCCUCUCGCUGUUGCUCGUCUUCCGGACCAAUUCCGCAUACUCCCGCUGGUGGGAAGCGCGUUGCAUUUGGGGCGCCAUCAUCAACACAUGCCGUGACAUCGUCCGCCAGGCGAUCACGCGUUUUGACCCCGCGGACUUGGAGUUGAAGGCGGAGGUGACGCGCUUGGUGUCCGCGUACCCUCGGUGCCUGAUCUAUCACCUGGGCGAGCGUACCGACGUGUCCAACUUAGUCAUCGAGAAAAAGUUGGGUAAGAUCCUGACGGAGGACGAGAAGGCGAAGCUCCUGGCCUGCACACACAAGCCUAUGACCGUCACGGGUAUGCUCUCGCAGGCCAUUCGCAAGGCGAAGUUGGACGUAAUCGACGAGAUGAAGAUCGACGCCGACGUCACAAAGUUCUCGGACUACUACGGCAUGUGCGAGAGGAUAUUCAAGACGCCCAUGCCGCUGUCGUACACCCGCUUGACAUCCAGGUUUCUCAGUGUUUGGCUGCUCUUCAUGCCGUUGGCGCUCUACGGCGCAAUCGGCACCCAUUUUGCGAUCGUGCCCAUCACCGCGUUCCUGGCUUUCGCAAUAUUCGGCAUCGAAGAGCUUGGCGUUCAGAUCGAGGAGCCUUUCUCUGUGCUCCCGAUGAACGUUAUGGCCGGUGGCAUCGACGCAAGCAUCUUCGAGGCCCUAGAGUUAGACAAGGAGGACCGGAAGAAGCAGGGCGUGGGAGCCACCAAGAAGAUGGCCAUCACGAGACAAGUGAUCGACAAGAAGAAGGGGGUCACCGAGUGCCGCUCCUGCGACGGUCGCGGCGUGAAGGUGGAGGUCGUGCGCAUGGGGCCCAUGAUCCAGCAGAUGCAGUCGGCCUGCGGCGCCUGCGGGGGCCAGGGCCGCUCCUUCAGCACCAGCAAGGAGAGGGAGGUGCUGGAGGUGGUGAUCACGAAAGGCGCGAUGGACGGUCACAAGAUUCCCUUUCGAGAGAUGGCCGACGAGCAUCCCGAUGCGGAUACCGGUGACGUCAUCUUCGUCUGUAAGCAGCAGGAGCACCCCAUCUUCAAGCGGAAGGGCGCCGACUUGUUCAUGGAGAAGAAGAUUUCUCUUGUGGAGGCGCUCUGCGGCUUCGAGCUCGACAUCACGCACCUUGACGGCCGGAAGCUGCUCAUCAAGACCGCCCCAG